GUAAAAUUUUUUCCUCUUUAAAAACUAAUUUAAUUUUAUUCCUCGUUUUCAGUUCCAACAAAUGAAACAGAACAAACCCAUAAAUCCAAUUCUCCUUCUUUUUUUUUUUUUCCGUUUAAUGAACAAAAGCUGGUUACUCCGUAGUCUGUGGUUUUGAGAUAUUAUGGGGAGCAAGAAUUUUCUGACAUCGGUUUUACCGGUUGUUCUAAUAUUUGCUUCCUAUUUUUUUGAAAGGGGAUGCUGUGCUAAUGUGAGUUAUGAUCACAGAGCACUUAUUAUUGAUGGAAAAAGACGAGUUUUGCAGUCUGGUUCCAUACAUUAUCCAAGAACUACUCCUGAGGUGUGGCCAGAUAUUAUUAAGAAGUCGAAGGAGGGGGGAUUGGACGUGAUUGAGACUUAUGUCUUCUGGAAUUACCAUGAACCCGUGAGAGGCCAGUACUAUUUUGAAGGCAGGUUUGACCUGGUGAGUUUUGUAAAAACAGUUCAGGAAGCUGGUCUUUUUGUUCAUCUGAGGAUUGGGCCAUAUGCCUGUGCUGAAUGGAAUUAUGGGGGAUUUCCAAUCUGGUUACACUUCAUUCCUGGGAUUCAGUUUCGAACAACAAAUGGACCUUUUAAGGAGGAAAUGAAGCGUUUUCUUGGAAAGAUUGUAACUUUAAUGAAGGAAGCGAAUCUCUUUGCAUCACAAGGAGGGCCAAUUAUUCUUGCUCAGGUUGAGAAUGAAUAUGGGAAUGUUGAAUGGGCAUACGGGGUUGCAGGAGAGUUAUAUGUCAAAUGGGCCGCUGAAACUGCUGUUAGUCUGAAUACAAGUGUACCUUGGGUGAUGUGCCAACAAGAAGACGCCCCUGAUCCAAUUAUAAAUACAUGUAAUGGAUUCUACUGUGAUCAGUUUACCCCAAAUUCUCCUUCCAAACCAAAAAUCUGGACUGAGAACUAUAGUGGCUGGUUUCUGUCAUUUGGUUAUGCAAUUCCUCAUCGACCUGUUGAGGACCUAGCUUUUGCUGUUGCACGCUUUUUUGAAUAUGGUGGUACUUUCCAAAACUACUAUAUGUAUUUUGGUGGAACCAACUUUGGAAGAACAGCUGGUGGCCCUUUGGUUGCAACAAGCUAUGAUUAUGAUGCCCCAAUAGAUGAAUAUGGUUUCAUCAGACAGCCAAAGUGGGGUCAUCUACGCGACUUGCACAAAUCAAUAAAACAGUGUGAAGACCAUUUGGUCAGCUCAGACCCAACACACCUGAAGCUUGGUUAUAACUUAGAGGCACAUAUCUACUAUAAGUCUUCCAAUGAUUGUGCUGCUUUUCUUGCUAAUUAUGACAGCAAUUCAGAUGCACAUGUUACAUUCAAUGGACAUAUGUACUUUCUUCCUGCUUGGUCAGUGAGCAUACUUCCAGAUUGCAAGAAUGUCAUUUUUAACACUGCCAAGGUCGUGUCCCAAAGAAAUCUUGACGAUGCUUCAUUUGCUCAUUCAACCUCUAGUAAAGAGAUUUCACUGGAACAAACAGCGUGGAGUUGGUACAAAGAAAAAGUGGGCAGUUGGGGCAACAACUCAUUUAUAAAGCCAGAUUUAUUGGAGCAGAUUAAUACAACUAAAGAUGCCAGUGAUUUUCUAUGGUACUCGACCAGUAUUAAUGUGAAUGCUGGUCAAGAGAAAGAUUUCAUUUUGAACAUUGAGAGUUUGGGGCAUGCAGCACUUGUUUUUGUAAACAAAAGGUUUGUUGCAUUUGCAUACGGUAAUCAUGAUUUGGCAAGCUUUUCACUCACUAAGAAAAUUAGUCUUGAUGAAGGAAACAACACACUGGAUUUAUUAAGCAUGUUGGUCGGCCUACAGAAUUAUGGACCCUGGUUUGAUGUUCAAGGAGCUGGAAUUUAUUCCGUUACACUAAUUGGCCCGAGUAAAGGCAAGAACGAUCUUUCUUCUGGAAAAUGGACCUAUCAGGUGGGACUGGAAGGGGAAUACCUUGGACUGGAUAAGAUCAGUCAAGCAAAUAGUUCACUGUGGACUAAAGGUCCUUCUCUGCCUGUUAAUAAGAGUUUGAUAUGGUACAAGGAUACUUUCAUCGUCCCUGAAGGAAAGGGCCCUCUAGCCUUAAAUCUAACAAGCAUGGGAAAGGGUCAGGCCUGGGUUAAUGGACACAGCAUAGGACGAUAUUGGCCUGCAUAUCUCUCACCUUCAACAGGAUGCACAGAAAAUUGUGAUUACAGAGGAACUUAUGAUCCAUCUAAAUGUCUGAAGAAAUGUGGUCAGCCUGCUCAAACACUAUAUCAUAUCCCACGAACAUGGAUCCAGCCUGGAGAAAACCUACUAGUCCUACAUGAAGAGCUUGGCGGCGAUCCUUCAAAGAUUUCUGUGCUAACAAGAACUGGCCAAGAGAUAUGUUCAAUUGUGUCAGAAGAUGAUCCACCACCAGCUGAGUCUUGGAAACCAAGCUUAGACUUCAAGUCUCAAAGCCCUGAAAUUCGAUUGACAUGUGAACAAGGAUGGCGAAUUACAACAAUCAAUUUUGCUAGUUUUGGAACUCCUGCUGGAUACUGUGGCUCAUUCAAUCUAGGAAACUGUCAUGCUGACAUGUUAUCCAUUGUUCAAAAGGCUUGCAUAGGUCGAGAAAGGUGUUCAAUCUCCAUAUCAGCAGCCAAUCUUGGUGAUCCUUGCCCUGGAGUUCUGAAAAGAUUCUUCAAAUCUUGCAGUUUUUCAAUGUCUUUCACAUUUGUUCUAAGCUUCAAACAAGUUAAAUAA